AUGGUAUUAUCCAUUGUGCUUCCGUUCCUCGUUCUUCUCUUAGCCAGCUCUUCCCUCUCUGUUAAUAUCGAUUUUACCUACAACGGUUUCAAAUCAGCCACUGAACUGAGCUUAGAUGGCUCUGCUCGCAUCACACCCAAUGGCGUGCUUCAGCUCACCAAUGACACUAAGGAACUGGUUGGUCAUGCCUUCUCCUCCUCACCAAUUCAAAUGCUGCUCAACACUCGCUCCAUAACACCAACUACAAUCUCUUUCAGCUCCACCUUCGUCUUCGACAUUAUCACCGUUGGGGAUGCAGGCGGCCAUGGCUUGGCCUUUGCAGUGGCCCCUACAAAGACUCUCGAAGGCAGUUGUUGCCAGUACCUUGGCCUCCUCACUAGCAGAAACAAUGGAAAUUCUUCCAACCAUCUCUUUGCAAUUGAGUUUGACACCGUUCAGGCAUCUGUGCUGUUAAAGGACAUCGAUGGCAACCACGUUGGUGUCGAUAUAAAUAGCCUCGUUUCCAAUGUUUCGAAAACCGCCUCAUACUUCACUAAUAAUUUCAAGAUGGUUGAGUUUGAACUGGAGAGUGGGCAACCAAUUCAGGCUUGGAUAGAUUAUGAUGAUAUUGCAAAAAUUCUGAAUGUGACCGUUGCUCCGCUCUCUGUAGGCAAACCAAGCCUACCACUCAUAUCAUACGCCAUUGAUUUGUCACUAAUUUUUAAGGAGUACAUGUAUGUUGGCUUCUCUUCGUCGACGGGAAAACUCUCGAGUUCUCAUUACAUUUUGGGAUGGAGCUUUCGGACCAAUGGAGUGGCACGCUCUCUUGAUCUAUCUCACCUGCCCCUUCCUCCGCAACCAGCGAAAGCUUCAUCGACUUCCAAAGGCAGUGGAAUCAAAAUUGGGGUCAUAUCUUCUCUGGCUACACUUCUCUUGGUAGCACUUGUACUCUCUGUUUCCUGGCACUUUUGGCAGAGGGCAAAGCUUGCAGAGACUCUUGAGGAUUGGGAAUUAGAUUAUCCUCACAGGUUCCCAUACAAGGACCUUUACAAGGCCACCAAAGGAUUCAAAGAGACAGAGGUUCUCGGUUCGGGUGGCUUUGGCCUCGUAUACAAGGGCACCCUACCAAGCACUGGAGAAGAAAUUGCUGUCAAGAGGAUCUCUAGUAAUUCCAAGCAAGGAGUGAGAGAAUUCGUAGCAGAGGUGGCGUGCUUGGGCCACAUGAGACAUAGGAACUUGGUGCAGCUCCAAGGAUGGUGCAAGCGAAACGAAGACCUCCUUCUUGUCUAUGAGUUCAUGCCAAAUGGCAGCCUUGACACCUUCCUCUUUGAAGGUGAAAGGAAUGAUAAUCUCGAAGAUGAUGUGGCACUUGUGUUCUCAGAAGCUGAUUCUUUUGAUUUGGCAACACGCAACUCAUAUCUUUCAUCCUUUGAUAUUGUGUCUUCCAGCUCCCACGGCGGAGAUUGCUGUACUUAUGCAGUAAAUGAAGGUAUUAAUGGAGGUGGCUCAAAAUCUCUAGCAGCAACAAACAUAGCAGCAGCAGCAACCACCGGUGGAGGAGCUGGUGGCUCAGUCAGUGCCAUCUAG